CACAUUUUUUAUUCUAUAUCUCCCCAAUCUAACUUUUUUCUUUAAAUUCAAAUGGAUGCAAUGAUAUACAGAUUCUGGCAUGUAUCUACAUAGGUAAUUUUUUUCUUUGUUUCCACAGUAGUAAAAUCCAGAAUGAUUUUGCAAAUAUAAACUUAGUGAAAUACAGAACUGAAAUAUGCUUAAGAAUUUCUAAUGAUAGCCUAAUAUUAAAUUAAAUCUGAGACCUAUUUGUCUUGGCUGAUUUAAGCAGCAUUAACUGAAUAACUCUUCAGAUGAUUUCUGGAACUCUUGGCUUUCUUUUUAGAGAAACCAUAUUAAAAAAAGAAGUAGAUGAAGAGAGAGCUUCUUUACAGAAAUCCAUCAGUGUUACUAGUGCCUUGAUCACAGAGAAAGAUGAAGAACUGGAAAAACUCAGAAAUGAGAUCACAGUGCUCCGUGGAGAAAAUGCCUCUGCAAAAACCUUGCAGUCCGUAGUUCAGUCAUUGGAGUCUGAUAAGUUGAAACUUGAGCAAAAGGUGAAGAACCUGGAGCAGAAACUCAGUGAGACCAAGAAACAGCCUUCUUCUAUAACUAGCUCCUCAGGUGACAAUGCUGCUAAUCCACUCCAUGAAGAAAAAGCAAAGGAGAAUCAGGUAUUGAAUCUGAAUAAACAGCCUUCUAAAGUAGUAACAUACCAUUAGCAACCUGGUCCUAAGUAAAAUGUCUUCCCAAAGAUAAGUCUCAGAGGA